AUGUGUCGGGCGCCUUUGACCGCCAACAUCGCCAUCGUAGGUGGCAGUAUCAGUGGACUCGCCUGCGCAUACGCCCUGGGUCGCAGCGGCCACUCCGUACACGUCUUUGAGAAAUGCCCCCAACGUCACUCUCGUUCUGCUGGUAUCCGCGUCCCCCCAAAUAUGCAAAAGUUGUUCGUUGAAUGGGGAAUAGAGAAGGAGCUCGAGAAAGCAUCCGUGGCGCGAAGAAGUGAUAUGUAUGGAAUGGCGGACGACGAAUAUCAGGGGUUUCUGCAUUGGCAAGCGGACGUACUAAGAGAAGCGGGAGGCGAGUUCUCUACCAUGCGUUGGGACGAGCUUGUACGACUCAUUGACCGCUCUCGCUCUAUCCGUCGGGGCAAAGAUCACAGACCGGUGUUAGAAUUUGCGGACAGGACGACAUACACAUCAGAUGUCGUCGUGGGCGCCGACGGAAGUAAGAGCAGGCUGAGAGAGAUCGUUGAUAGGCACAUGCAUGUGUCUGAUGUCCCAAGGCACCACAAUCGUGUGGACAUCGCAGUAUAUUCAAUUAUUGUUCCUGUGGAAAAGCUGGAGCGUGAUCCCGACUUUAGGAAGCGGAUAGAUGCGGGACGAUUCACAGUGUGGAUGGGAGAUAGAAAGUGGCUUAUCGGAUAUCCAGUGAAGAAGAGUACAGAGUACUCCAUCCACGCCUAUUUCUACGGAGAAGAAGUUGAAGAUUUUGAUGGCUGGAGCUGUACAGUGCCGACAAGCAACAUUGAUUUUACCGGGUGUCAUGAGAUGUUCCCGCGAAUAUUUUCAGAGUCUCCGACAGCGCUGAAAUCCAAGUACAUUGAUACUCACGUUGAGGAUUGGGUCGACGCGUCUGGGCGAAUAGUACUAGUAGGGGAAGCAGCGCAUCCAACCAAGCCAUGCUGUAUUCAUAGCGCGAGUCUCGUCACCGAAGAUGCUGUGGUCUUAGGCACACUAUUCGAGCGGCUAGCACAUCGGGAACAGAUCCCUCAAUUGCUCGAAGCAUUCUGGGAGUUACGGCAAAACCGGUGUCACAUCGUUCACACGUCUGAAUUAGCUUCAUCGACAAUGCUGUCGCUACCGCCAGGAGAAGAUCGGGAGGCCAGAGACGCCAACUUUCGGCUAUCAUCAAUGGAGGAAACAUGGGACGAGGACAAACUUUUGGAGCAGUGGGAUGUAAUAGCGGCAGUGUUCGGAUACCACGCCCGAGAGUCAGCAGAAGAUUGGUGGAUCAAGUGGGGAAAGCUUGAUCCGCGUGCACUAACGGUGCCGAUGAACUUGCCAGUGACGCUGGAGAUUAGGCAGGAAUAG